UAUAGUUUAUUAAUGAUAUUUGAAACAAUAAUUUAUUUUAAUUUUUGAAAUUAAAUAAACAAAUUAUUGUUAGAAAUGGCAAGAACACGUGGUGCAUCUUUUAAUUCUCGAGGUGAGAGUUCUCGAGGAGAGAGUUCAUCGCAGGGCGAAGCUCGAAGAAGACCUACCGUUUCUGCUCGUAGAAGUCGGGCAGCUCCUAUCCAGCAUGACCCCAUAGCUGAGGAGCGAGUCGUUGAGGAACAAACAUAUGAGGCGUAUGAGACUCAUGGAGAGGAGAAUGCAUUUGAGGCCCCUAACGAUGAUGACGAUGAGGAGGAGCAUGCAGAUGUUCAUGACAUACAAGAGGAUGUCGCUGGAUUUCCUGGAGGUCCACACGAUCAUUCAUUGCUGACGCACUAUGUUCAGCAUGUAGCUUAUGCUAUUUCCCAAGGCCGGGGAUUUGUUAUGAUUACGUUGAUAAGGGGUUACUCCUCGGAUUCAUAGAGAGGUGGCAUUUUGAGACCAGUAGUUUCCAUCUCCCUAUAGGGGAGAUGUCGAUUACUCUUGAUGACGUCUCGACAUUACUUCACCUGCCCGUGAUGGGGCAAAUGUGUGAUUUGGAGGAGUUGGAGUUUGAGGAGGCUCGUACAGCCCUUGUGCAACUACUCGGCGUUGAUGGUGGCACAGCAGGUUCUGAGAUGGAGGACGCACGUGGUCCGAAAGUCAGACUCAGCUGGCUUAGAGAGAUAUAUGUUCAGAGGUGUGAGUCGCAGCAUUGGGACUAUGCUGCUAGAGCAUAUUUGUUGCAUCUAGUAGGAUGCACAAUUUUUGCAAAUAAGAGUGCCAGUUCUAUACGCGUGUCUUACUUAUUGUUAU